CAUCAUCUCCCUCUUUGUGUCUGACCUGAACUGUAUUCUACACUGUCAAGCUCAUCUCUGCAAAGUUUCAGAGGACUUUUUUCCCUUGCAGAGCUUCUGUCUUGCUGUGGACUACUUGCUAAAACCUCCGGCUCUUAUGUCAACUGUGUGAUACUGUGUUUUGUGUUUGUUAUUGUGUGUGUUUGUGUGAGAGACACAGAGACACAACUCUGAAAGGAACUCCUAUCAUCAGUGAAGAUGCCUGCACUGCGGCUUCUGUGGGUCCCUGUUCUGAUGUGUUUAACACACGUGUGGCUCUGCAGUGGGGCAUGUGUAGAGGUGGACUCUAACACGGAGGCUGUGAUGGGUAAUGGCUUCAAACUGGGCUGCAUCUCUUGCAAGAUGCGAGGGGAAGUGUCAGCCUAUGCCACAGUGGACUGGGGGUUCAUGGCAGAAGGCGAGAGUGAAUAUACACAUAUCUACAGUUAUGCAGAAAUGACAGGCAACAUAGUGGAUGACCAUUUUGCUGACCGCUUGGAAUGGAGCGGCAGUAUAAAUACUGCGGAUGUGCAGGAUGGCUCCAUUUACAUCCGCAACGUUACCUACAAUGAUACAGGAACAUACCGAUGCGACUUUGACCGGAUCCUCGUCUUCCCCAAUUAUGAGUUCCACACCAGUACCACCAAGUUAAUCACCAUCAAUGUAGUUGGCAAAGCUACCCGAAGCAUGGCAUCCAUCCUUUCUGAGAUUAUGAUGUAUGUGACCAUCAUUGGGCUGCAGUUAUGGCUGAUUGUUGAGAUGGUCUACUGUUACCGGAAGAUAGCAGCAGCAGGAGAAGAAGCACUUCGAGAGAGCGAGGAGGAAUAUUUAGCUAUAACCUCUGAGAGCAAAGAUAACUGUGCAGAUGUAGUGGUGGCAGAAUAACACAGGGCCAAAAAAUCUCUCAAGCAUAAACCGUAAAGCUCUCCAUCCACUAUGACAUCACCAACUGCCUCCAUCACCUUCACUGGCACUCCGUGCAACCACAGGCUGCUGUUUUCAGUAUGACUGUGACGAAUAACCAUUCUAAAUCAUCAGGGAAAAACACGCAACUAUAAUUGCGCAGCUACGGAAAUGUUUUGUCUUUAAAUAAGGCCCUGACAUUACGUUAUUUUAUAGACAGCAGCUUUGAGGUUAACAAAUUAAUCUAAUGAAGGAUGCUAUUUCUAUUGAGCCAAAGAAUAUCAGAAAAAUUCUUAAAUAUAUAAAUAACUAGUUUAUAUUAAGCCACAUGAAAAGAAAUAUAUAUAUAAAAAUAUGAUGUUAAAGAAUAUAAUGAUAAAUGUGCUCAACUAAUACAUCGAUUUAUUUAUAUCAUUAUUUAUCUCGCGUAAAAGAUCAAAAGUACACAUGACAAAAGAAAAAUUAAACGGUGGGUAAGAAAACAACGCGGCAGACAUAUAUGCAGAGAAAUCAGCCGAAGAUUUCUUGUUUGACAGCUGGGUACUGUGAUAACAAUUUUAGCGUACAUUAACAAAAAGAGCUUCCUAUCUGUAUACUUGUCCCUUUCACGUACAGGGAAUUUGAACCAGAACUAAUUUCACCACGACUAAUCUAACCAUACAUUUUUAACGAUUUCUCACUGACACAUACAGUAACUAAUCCUUCAUUAAAAUGACAAAGGAAUGUUUUUUCAUUUGUGUUCUGCACAGUUAUCAGCAACCAACAUUUACCGUUCACUGUACUCUUGUUACUAAACAGAAAAGACUUUGAGCAACACAAAGCACCAAAUUUCUGUUCUGGGCCAAAAGCAAACACUAUGAAGUAUAAAAAGCUAGCAGAUCUAACCCAUGUAGCCUAUAGGCUCUGCCUCUCAAUUUGUGCAAAUCUCAAAUAAAUGUUACAAUUAUGUUAUGCUACCUAUAAAAGAGGGAGAAAAAUGCAUUGUUGCCGAUGAUAACGUAGGGUAGUACAGCUUCAAUAAAAUCUACAGAGAUGUGAUAUAUAACAGUGCUAUGAUCAAUAUUAAUUAUGUGCCGUAGACAAGAGCCACUUCUCAGUUUUUUUUUAACAGUUGCCGGUGCCGUUCUGUACACAUUUGAGCUCACUGGCAUUGUUACGAUUACAUUUUCCAUCAUGAUGCUGUGAAAUCAGGAUUAGACAGGACUAACACUGGGCUAUUGACCAAACAUGAGUCACUAUGUCAAUACAGGUGUUCCACCAGCAUGGUUGAGUACGGGUAUUUACUCUGCUGAGAGGUCAGCUAUAUUGCAAGCCCUUUUAUAAUACCUUUAGUACUUCACACUGUCAUAAACAUGGAUCAAAAACAGUGCUGAUUAAAUGAUGGGUAUCUAGAAUUAAAUUUUCAUUCAUUAAAGCUCUUGAAAUCAGCAAUAGGAUUACAUUUGCACUAAUAAAAAUGUUCAUUCUUGAUAUAAAAAUGACAUCAUUACACACAUAAUACACAUUUUUUAUAUAAUCUCAACUAGUACAUUUUUCUUUUCUGAUAAAUGCAUUUUGCACAGGAGAAUUUUACAAUGAUCUGUCAUUCACUGUUAAAAAAUUACGGUUAUACAGAAUUAAUUUCUUACUGGUAGGAAUUCCAAUUUUACAUAAUCAGUAAUUUGUACUAGUAAAAAGUACAUAGCUGAAAUACACUGGCAGCCAAAAGUUUGGAAUAAUGUACAGAUUUUGCUCUUAUGGAAAGAAAUUAGUACUUUACCAAAGAGGCAUUCAACUGAUCACAAUGUAUAGUCAGAAUCGUAAAAAAAUUAGAUUACAAUUUGAAAGAAAUACUCAGAACUUCUUAAACUACAAAGAAGUCUCAAAAAAAAUCCUUCACGUGCAGCAAUGACAGCUUUGCAGAUCCUUGGCAUUCUAGCUGUCAGUUUGUCCAGAUACUCAGGUGAGCUUUCACCCCACACUUCGUGUAGCACUUGCCAUAGAUGUGGCGGUCUUAUCAGGCACUUCUCACACACACCUUACAGUCUAGCUGAUCCCACAAAAGCUCAAUGAGGUUAAGAUCCAGAACACUCUUUUCCAAUUAUCUGUUCUCCAAUGUCUUUUGGUUUAUCGGUUUCAAAAGUGGCUUUUUCUUUGCAAUUCUUCCUGCACCCCUGAGUCUUCUCUUUACUGUUGUACAUGAAACUGGUGUUGAGUGUGUAGAAUUCAAUGAAGCUGUCAGCUGAGGACAAGUGAGGCGUCUAUUUCUCAAACUAGAGACUCUGAUGUACUUAUCCUCUUGUUAAGUUGUACAUCUGGCCUUCCACAUCUCCUUCUGUCCUUGUUAGAGCCAGUUGUCCUUUGUCUUUGAAGACUGUAGUGUACACCUUUGUAUGAAAUCUUCAGUUUUUUGGCAAUUUCAAGCAUCGUAUAGCCUUCAAUCCUCAAAAUAAUGAUUGACUGACGAGUUUCUAGAGAAAGACAUUUAUUUUUUUGCCAUUUUUGACCUAAUAUUGACCCGAAGACCAGUCUAUUGCAUACUAUAGCAACUCAAAAACAAACUCAAAGACAAUGUUAAGCUACAUUUAAUGAACCAAAUAGCUUUCAACUGUGUUUGAUAUAAUGGCAAGUGAUUUUCUAGUACCAAAUUAGCAAUUUAACAUGAUUACUCAAGGAUAAGGUGUUGGAGUGAUGGCUGCUGGAAAUGGGGUCUGUCUAGGUUUGAUCAAAAAUGACUUUUUCAAAUAGUGAUUGUGCUGUUUUUUACAUCAGUAAUGUCCUGACUAUACUUUGUGAUUAAUUGAAUGUCACUUUGGUGAAUUAAAGUACCAAUUUCCUUCCAAAACAGCAAAAUCUGUACAUUAUUCCAAACCUUUGGCCAACAGUGUAGAAAUUUUGGCUAGUAAGAAAUUAGAUAUUCCUAACUGCCUUUUGAACAGGAGUGAAUGAAAGGUCAUUGAGAGAUUCUACUAGUGAAAAUACAGUUACAGAUAUUAUUACUUUUUUUACUAGCUGAAACAAAAAAAUUUAAAAUAGCAAGAAUGGGUAAUUCCCAGAGUAAUUAAGUUGUUUCUGAAAAAUAAUUAGUCUUUAUAAGUCUUUAAUAAUUAGCUUGAAUUACUCAAUGUUGACCCAACCCCUUCCCCUUUCUUCUUUUGUCUUUGCUGACAAAAUAAUCAAGGGCUGCAUGAAAUUAAGAAUGACUAAAGUCGAGUUCAAACUGUGCCUCGUGUAGGACCAAUGCUUAAGCCUCUGGCUUUUUUAUUAAUUACAUUUUUCUCCCAAUUUGGAAUGCCCAAUUCCCACUACUUAGUAGGUCCUCUUGGUGUUGCAGUUACUCACCUCAAUCCAGGAUGUGAAGGACAAGUCCCAGUUGCCUCUGCUUCUGAGACACUCAAUCUGCGCAUUUUAUCAUGUGGCGAGCUGUUCAUGACACCGUGGAGACUCCGCAUGUGGAGGCUCAUGCUGCUCUCCACGAUCCACGCACAAUUUAACAUGCACCCCAUUGAGAGCGAGAACCACUAAUCGCGACCACGAGGAGGUUACCCAAUGUGACUCUACCCUCCCUAGCAACCGGGGCAAUUUGGUUGCUUAGGAGACCUGGCUGGAGUCACUUUGCACGCCCUGGAUUCGAACUUGUGACUCCAGGGGCGGUAGUCAGCGUCAAUACUCGCUGAGCUACCCAGACCCCAAGCCUCUGGCACUUAAUGCAUGAAGAAAAAUGAAUGACAAGACGAUAAAGCAGGAAUCUAAUGUAUUCAUUCAGAAGUGCAAUUAAAAACCGUCCAGUCGUUUCUCUCCCUCUUAGUAGCCAAUUUUUGGCAGUGACUACAGAGGACAGCACAACCCUGCCAACGUCUCAUGGCCUUUAUGCAUGAAUGAUCAAUUCUGAGAUGUCCCAACUCUGGUUUUCUUAUUUUUUAUAUCUUUCGUUCUCUUGUUGUUAAAUUUGUAGAUUUCUACUGCUUGAAUUUAAAUAUACCUUUCUUACUUCAUAAAGUUUGUCAUAAACAUGGAUCAUUCCUGCUUGAGCAAAAGUUUAAUACCACAGCUGCUUUAAAGGGCACCUAUUAAGGCAUUUAAAAUGUUCCUAAUAUUGAUUUGGGAGUCCCCAACAACAGUUUUACAUGCAUGCAAUGACAAAAAACACUUUUGUUGUCUUAUAAUAUGC